AAGCCGCGGGGUUUGGUUGUGCACUAGCUGCAGUUUCAGUUUGUUUUAUUCACCAUUUUGAGUAGCUGAGGGUAAAAAAUAAGAAUAUUUGUGUUUGGAGAACAAGUCGCUGCCGCACGGGUUUUUUGGUCACGCGCUCGCCUGGACGCGGAGUUGUGCGUCAGCCUCGCUUCCUCUUGGUGGUUCGCAGAGCGGGAAUCUUAUUUUCUCCUCCUGGGCUUUUUCUUCCCCCCUUUUCUCACAUCCCUAACCUCUUCAGUAUUCCUACAAAAUGUCAAGACCAGUGAGGAACAGGAAAGUGGUGAACUAUUCACAAUUCAACGAGUCCGACGAUGCAGAUGAGGAGUAUGGUGACAACAAGCCAAAGAAGGUGCGUCCAGCCCCUCGAGAGCCAAAGCACAAGCGCUCAAAGAACUCGCAGGAUGAAAGCGAGGACUCUGAUGACAAGUUGUCCAAGCCCAAGAAUGACUCAGCAGACGACUUUGGCAGUGACGAAGACGACAACGACUUCGGCGAGGAAGAGGAUGAGGAUGGAGGCAGCGACUAUGAAGAAGAACGGGGGAAAAAGGGAAAGAAAGCGAAGGUGGAAAAACCCACCAAGAGAGGCCCAAAGAGGAAACGGGCUGCAGAUGACAGCGACGAUGACAGGGAGGUGAGUCGGAAGCGCACGGUGCGCCAGGCGGCCUCCAAGGCUGUGUCCAAACAGAGGGAGAUGCUGCUGGGAGACGGAGGCAGCGAGGACGAGGAGCAUGAAGACCAGGAGGAGACCUAUCUGGACCCUGACGAGUCCGGCAGCGAUGAGGACUUCACGGUGGAAGACGACGACGACAGCGACUACGGACGCUCCAAGAAGAGAAGCAAGAAAGUGAUUCGACGGGGACGGACGGACAAGAAAGAGAAGAAGAGUCCUAAACCCCGACUAAAGGCCACAGUGACCCCGAGUCCUAUGAAAGGAAAGGGGAAGGGCCGUCCCAGCACCAAGACCCUGGAGAAGAGCUCGCCCAAAGAGGAGGAAGAGGAGGAACCUGAGAGCCCCCUGGAGGAGGAAGAGGACGAGGCAGAGAAGAAGGAGACCUCCCCUGCCACCAAGACAACGAAGGAGGCCACAGGAGGAGAGGAGGAGGAGGAAGAUGAAGAAGAGGAGGACGGCUCGGAAGAGGAGGCUCCUUCUGGAGAAGACUAGAAGAUGGUCCAUCCCUACAUCUCUGUCUCUGCUCAGUGUUUUAUUUUCUCUGCAUUUAGAGUUUCAUGUGUUUUCUUUCCCUCCGACUGCCUGGCUCAACGGCUUGAAGCUUCUUUACCUCUCAUUCGUCCCGUUUUCAGCUUCUCAGCAUCCGUCCCACGCCAGCUUCUCACCACCAUCUUAACUCGCCGCCGCCACUUGUCCGUGACCCACGGACGUCAGCAUGCCCCCCCCCCCCCCACUUCGUUAUUAUGAAAGGUUUCCGCCUGCAGCCGCCACUUCGUAGACAACUUUAACGCCACAUCACACCUCUAGAAAUUUCGUUAAUCGGCUGCCUCGGUGAAAUGGUUUUCUCUUGUUUCCAUGGCGAAGCGCCAGCUUCCUGCACGGCUGCAGCAUCUCCACAUCAACCCGUUGUUCCAGGCAAGUCUUCCUCCUUUCAACGCAAGAGGAGAUGUUUUUUUUUCUUUUUGUUUUGUUUUUCUUGUUUUGAGAGUUUAAAAAAUGAAUGUUUUUCUCCUGUUGGAUCAUUGUUCUAAUUCUCUAUUCAGAUUUUUUUGUAAUGUUUGUUUUUUAAGAAAAAGAAAUAAAAUGUAUCUUGAUUUUAAAGAAACAGAGUUGAUCCAGAGUUAUCCCGUCUGUUCUGGGUGGUUGUUGGAGAUUCCACCCACCCCCCCCCACCCCGCUUUCACAUUUGUUUGGACACUUGGUUUGGCCACGAUAGUCCUCCCCCGUGGAUGUUUUCUUGUUUCCACAGGACUGAGGCUGCGGCUCAAGAGGCUGGAGAAUGUAACUUCACCUUUAAUUUGCUUCCAGCAGGGAGUUAGGCUGAAAACUCAUCUGAAUCUGUCCCAUCUGCAGACCAGUCAAAGCCAUAAGCGACAAGUCGGGACUGGGACGCGUGUUUGAGCUGCUGUUUGAUUAGAUCCUGGGAGGGGGGAGAGUCGUCCCCAUACCUGGACUGGGUCGAGCUAGGCGCGAACCGAGAAGCACAUGGGAUUGUUUCAGAAUCUGAUCAGAUCUAAGCGAAACUAGAAAACACCUGUGAGGUUCCUCGUUCUGAUUUUCUGCUUUUAUCCGUGUUCUGUUUUUAAUCUGUUCUGGCCAUGUCGAUGUACGCCACGCUGUGAUUUCCACGCAGACCAAGUGGAGACGCUGUCGUCAGUGAAAAGAGGAACGCUGAACUCUUCAAUCUUUUUGCAUGUUGUGGAAAAAGUGCGAAGCGAUCAUGAUGGUAAUGUGGUCUUAAGGAAAAAAAAAUGAACAUUGAUGUUGAUAAUGUUUUGGUUUCACAGCUUCUAAUAAAGGCAAACUACUUUUUAUACA